CGCAACUGCGAGACUGCAACUCUUCUUCUCCGCUCUCUUCUCUGCGCCACACACAUACUCGCUUCUCCUCCACCCACGUCGCCGCUGGCCACCACGAAACACGCUGGCCACCACGUCGCCGCUGGCCAUACCUGCUUCUCCUCCACCGUGACAUCCACCACGUCGCUGGCAGCAGCGAGAAAACAGCGCAGUGCACGGAGAACGCAGAGCCACCAUCGGACUGCGAUUGGCGAACGAUUCCGACCGCCACGACCACCGCAAAGACAGAUAUAAAAAUGCCAAAAGUAAAGACAAAUCGUGUUAAAUACCCAGAGGGUUGGGAGUUAAUUGAGCCUACACUCCGGGAACUUCAAGCAAAGAUGAGGGAAGCUGAGAAUGAUCCACAUGAUGGUAAAAGGAAAUGUGAGACAUUGUGGCCAAUAUUUAAGAUUGCACACCAGAAGAGCCGCUACAUAUUUGACCUCUACCAUCGGAGGAAAGAAAUUUCUAAAGAACUGUAUGAAUUCUGUCUAGAUCAAGGAUAUGCUGACCGCAAUCUAAUUGCUAAGUGGAAGAAGCCUGGUUAUGAACGUCUAUGCUGCCUGAGGUGCAUGCAGCCACGCGAUCACAAUUUUGCCACCACUUGUGUUUGCAGAGUUCCGAAGCAACUUAGGGAGGAGAAGGUGAUUGAGUGUGUUCAUUGUGGAUGCAAGGGUUGUGCAAGUGGAGACUGAUUGGACAACAAUUCUUGUAUUGGUGUUAGUGGAGGGUUUCUUAGUACUAAUUUCGUACUAAUUUCGUCGAUCCUUUAUUUUCUGUUGUCCGAAACUCAGAUGGGACACAAUUUCUCCAUUUGUAUUGCUGUCUACUACAUGAGUGUUAUGUAUUAGGUAUAUUAGUUAUAUGUCUAGUUCAGAAUCUGACUUAGUUUUGUGCCUAUUCAUCUUUGUUAGCCUAACAUGGUGCAACUUAAUCAAUGGGCUUAGAAGAAUCUUAUUAUUAUUAUUACUA